UUGGAAGCCAGGAGGUGCCUGCGAUUUGAGUGCAGGAUGCCUUUUUGCGGUAUCCUUUUGUGGUGACAUGCCCAUUUGCCAUGGCUACCGCCGUCUCUGAACAAGACAAGCUUUGCAUAAAGGAUUUGUCCAAGAUCCGAAGGCAAGUUGAGUUCUACUUUUCUGAUCGGAACCUCUCCCGCGACUGGCAGCUGCGUGCUGCAGCGGAUGGCGUGUGGCUGAGCGCCACCUGGAUUUUGCAAUGUCCCAAGCUUCGGCGCGAAGGCGUUAGCCUUCCUGAGCUGAUAGACGCUCUGCAAGAGUCUGAUCAGCUGGUCUUCGAUGACGAGGCCUUGCGAGUACGACGAAAGGAAGAGCUUGGGGACUGGCCCUGUUUGCGGCUUCCAUCUCGACCAGGUGGGACCGUACUUCUAUUGCGCCGCAACAUGCAAGACUUAGACUCUCCGCAAGGGGACAGUGUCAGCAGAAGCAGCCAGAGCUCCACAUGCGCAGAGCAGGAGCUUGAGAGCUGCAAAGAGGUUGAGAUGCAGGAGAGUUCCACCAGAGCUGACAAGGCUCCACAGGAUUGUGGAGAAGCAAAGCCUCCUCAAGAGGAGAUGAGGACUGAAAAGGAUCAUGAUCAAGCAGUUGAAGUGGAUGAUACUCUCAGGUCUGAAGGGCUGGGCGAACUUUCUGAACUUCAGGAUGCAGAUGCCAAUGACACACGUGAGGAAGUCCAAGACAACAACGCAGGUUCUGCACAAGACCAUGACAAUGAUGAGAAUCAUGCAAUUGAACCAGGAGGGGGCAGUCAGUGGCAGGUGCCGGAAGAAGAUCGUGACAAUGAGGAGGAGACUGCCGAAGAAUUGUUGCUGUGCAGUGGGAGGAAGGACCAUGACAAGCAGGUCAAGACAGUUGAAGGCCUCCGUACGUUGGCCCGCAGCGCCUUACGUGGCUUGGAGAUCCCUAAGGAGGCCAUUUGUGGCAUGUCAGAGCCGAACUCCUUUGCAGAGAUCGUGGUGGCUUUGCACCCCUUUCCCGGGGAUUCCAAGCUGGAUGCGAUCGCACCACCGGGCUGGAUUGGCCGGUCACUCUUUGGAGCCCAGCGUGCCAAGGCCUUGCGGCUUUUGCCAAAGCGAGUCCGGCGUGAGCUGCUGGAGGGUCCCAACGGAAAAGGGAGAGCGAACUAAGCAGCUUUGCGCUGUGAGGGUUAUUUUGAUAAUAGUCCUGACAACGGG